AUGGAACUUAAUCGAUUUAAAAGGACAUUAGAUGUCGAGGCAGUUGUAGCCUGCAUAAAUGAAACAUUAGUAGAAGAUUCACCUGAUGAUGAUGGGGUUAUAGAACUCGAAGGAAACGAUGGUAGCAGUGCAAUCCAAUCUAUUGUUAAGAGUUGUGAAGAAAUUCAGUCAAGUCAAGAGCAGGGUGAUGCCGAUAGUAAUACCAAUAGUGAUGAAUCUGACGUUGAGUCUGAUGAUCCAGAUUAUCAACCUGAAGGCGAUUCAAUGAGUUAUUCAGAUGACAAUGACAUUGACAAACCAACAAGAAACGAUCCAAAUGUUGUUGCUGAUGUUUCAGAUCAUGUCAUUGUGGUCCCUAAUGUUACUGAUGUGGAUGUUUCCAGUCAACCUGUUGAUGUUAUUCCUGUUACCGAUGUUAUUGCAGACCCUGUUAGAGAUGGUGUAGCAGUUCCUGAUCAUACUGCUGAUAAUGAACCAACCCGUGGAAGAAAACGAAAACGUCAAUCUAAUUUGUGGAAACACAAUAUUCGUAAGCAGAGUAGGAGUGCUGGAACUGAGUAUGUUUUGAUAAAGGGAAAGUUAGUUUCCGAAAGGAAACCCUAA